AUAAAUCCCCCAAUUCCCUUGGCUGAGCCCUAGUUUUUUUUUUAUCACUCAUCAUCUACCUCCCUCCUCAAAAUUUUCAGAGCUAAAAGGAUGGGUCGAAGAAGCUAUUCGCCACCACCUAGAGGUGGUUAUGGAAGAAGGCAAAGGAGUCCCAGUCCCAGGGGUCGCUACGGUGGCGGUGGUGGUAGCCGUUAUGGUGGUGGGGGUAGCCGUGGCAGAGAUGUUGGAAGAGAUCUUCCAACAAGUCUUUUGGUUCGUAAUCUACGUCUUGAUUGCCGGCCAGAGGAUCUUCGGAGGCCAUUUGGACAAUUUGGUCCCUUAAAGGACAUCUACUUGCCAAGGGAUUAUUAUAGCGGGGAGCCUAGGGGUUUUGGAUUUGUUCAGUUUGUAGAUCCUGCUGAUGCUGCAGAAGCAAAAUACCAGAUGGAUGGUCAGGUUUUUCAAUCUCGAGAGUUGACAGUUGUUUUUGCAGAGGAGAAUCGAAAAAAACCAGCUGAUAUGAGAGUUAGGGAACGACGAAGUGGCAGCAGAUAUAAUGAUCGCAGGCGAUCACCGCCACGUCAUUACUCUCGAUCUCCACCUCCCCGCCAUGCUAGAUCACGGUCCCACAGCCGGGACUACUCUCCUGCUCCCAAAAGAAAGCAUCACUCUAGCAGGUCUAUUUCACCUAGAGGAAAGAGGUAUAGUCGAGGAAGGUCCUACUCUUCCUCUCCAGUGAAAGAGCGUUCUCCACCUUACGACGGUGCCUCUAGGAGUCGCAGUCGAAGUCCCAUCAGGGAUAGGUCUCCUCCACCCUAUGAUGGUUCUAGGAGCCCGACCCGAAGUCCUGAAAGAGAGGAACUCCCGCCUAGGGAUCCUAGCCGAAGCAUGAGUAGAAGCCGGAGCAGAAGCCGCAGUAGAAGUCCCGAUGACCGUGACUUCUCGAGAAACAAAUCAAACAGGGAUGCUUCUGUUAGCCCGAGUCCUUAGUGAUUUAGGUGAUGAAAGGGUUGUGUUGUGUUUCUAGAACUUAAAAACAUCUUUCUAUUUUGUUUAGGUCUGGUGUUUGAAAGAAUGCUACUAUCAAUCUUCCUGAACUUGAAUUGGCAUAUGUAAUAUGUUUGUUUGAACUUUA